AUUUAAAUUACGAAUGAUUUUAUUCACCGCAAGAUGUCAGACACGGGCUCUUAAAAACAGUGAAUCGGUGCAUAAUUAACCGUCUCUGGAAUCAUUGGCAAAUCAAUAUAACUGUUUAUCACUAUCAGCACAUAGACAAGAGUACGAGGCUAUUAUAAUACGAUUUUGCUUUUAUUUUCCAUUAACGUCACUGGCUUAUGAGAAGACUCAAUUUCCCACAAUUCCUCGAAGUCCCCAGCAGUUUCAACCCACGAACCUGUGCGUCGCCGAGCAGUGAAAGACGCCAAAAGGGCUGGAACAACUGGCUAAAUUGUUUGUCUCAUGUCCGCGAUUAAAUCCGUCUUCAGCGCUACCAUGAGCUGAGUUUUGGCUACGGGUACUUCUAAUAGAGGAAGACUGUGAGGUGAGACCGUGGAGGGUCACGAUGCGUCCCUGCACAAGUGUCAUGCACCUGUUUGGGAGAUGGUUACGGGGCUGCUCCAGACGCAGUUGCAACCGCAUACCUCGGAGACUAAGGAAGCCCCUGAGCUACUUUAGACUUCUCUUAAAGUCCCUCUACUUCAACUCACUCACCAACUCCGAUGUGGUGGUAGAUUCCCUCUUUGAACCAGUCUUCUGGAUGGUCGAUAUACUUACCCGCUGGUUCGGGAAGGUUUUUGUGUUUCUAGUGGUAGCUCUCACCAGCUCCAUUCUCUUUAUUGCAUACUUCUGCCUCCUCCCCUUGGUCCUUCAUACCUAUUCUCCUGGAUGGAUAAUAUGGCACAUCUGUUAUGGACACUGGAUCUUGGUCAUGAUAACAUUCCACUACUACAAGGCUACAAGUACAUCUCCUGGAUAUCCUCCUAAGAUGAAGAAUGACAUUCCAUUUGUGUCUGUCUGCAAAAAGUGCAUAAUUCCAAAACCAGCAAGGACUCAUCACUGCGGCAUUUGCAACACGUGCAUACUGAAAAUGGAUCACCACUGUCCUUGGCUUAACAACUGUGUUGGUCAUUUCAACCACCGCUAUUUCUUUUCAUUUUGUCUGUAUAUGACUCUCGGCUGCCUGUAUUGCAGCAUCAGUGGCCGAAACCUCUUCAUAGAUGCGUAUAAUGCCAUAGAUCACUUCAAGCACAUGGAUGUGGAAAAACAAGGGGUUCCAGUGACAGGUGUAGGCCUGCUCAUAGGAAUCCUGCCACAAGAGUCCAUGACUGGGAAGAGUUAUUAUCAUACACCACAACCACCUUACACCUUUAAGGACAGGCUGUUUCAUAAGAGUGUUAUCUACAUGUGGGUCCUUACAAGCACAGUAGCGGUUGCUUUAGGAGGUUUGACGGUGUGGCAUGCUAUCCUUAUCUCCCGUGGAGAGACCAGUAUUGAGAGACAUAUCAACAGUAAGGAGGCCAGACGCAUGAUGAAGCGGGGAAAGGUCUACAAGAAUCCAUUCAACUAUGGAAAACUGAAUAACUGGAAGGUGUUCUUUGGUGUAGAGAAAAAGAGUCAUUGGCUGACGAGGGUUUUGCUGCCUUCUGGACACGUCCCUUAUGGCGAUGGGCUGACGUGGGACAUCUACCCACUUAAAAAGGACAUGAUGCCAGUGUGAGUGGAUCAGCACUAGCAGAUGUAAUGUUGGUAGGGGCCAGUUCACUCCAGAGGUCACUCAACACUGCCAAAGCAGCAGGUGGAGCAAAAGCCCUGCACAUGGUGGUCUUUACUUUGCUUGGAGUCUGCCAAAUAAAAAUGUGCAAUUAUCGUGACAAAGGAUGACACAGAAUCAUGAAGAGGAUAAGAACAGACUGAUCUCUUUAAAAAUGCAUUUGUUGUCUGUUUUUGAUUUAGAACUCAUGAUGAUAUUGGCGCCCUUUUUCUAGCUUACAUUUGGUACUGGGGCACAUUGCCUUGUGAGAGACAUUAGGAAUGCGGAGCUGUGCUUCUUCAGAAUCAAGACUGUGCAUGACUCUUUUACUGAAUGGGCUAUGUUUUAUAUUCACGUUAUUUAUCAGUUGAUUAUCAUGUAUAUCAACGCUGCUGGAACAAAAUCUUGCAUCCUCAAAAUCGUAAAUUUAGAAAAGAAGCAAAAAAACAUUCUUAACCCUUACUGUAACACGAUUUUAUUCCAAGUUUUUUUAUUCAUUCCUGUUGGUCCAUUCAUCCUGAAACGUUUACAUAAUAUAAAGGAAAGAGUAUUUUCAAAUCAUAAAAAAAAAUAUAAAAAGAGAUACAACGUUUUGUUCCAAAAGUGACAAUAUUUACUGAUGACAAGGUGUGCAGGUUCUAAAAAAACUACAACCACUGGAAAAUUGUGUAUGGUUUUCAUAAAGAAUGAAUGAGAUGGUGGUUUUAUGUCUUCUUAGCAAGUUUUACAAUUGUUCCCAACACUCCAUGGGUAAAGAAACAAAUAAACAUAUCUUAUUCGCAUUCUCCAAA